AUUUGUGUAGUCGCUAGUCAGCUACUAACUUCAGUGCGGUGCGCUUGAGCGCAGGCGGAUUUGUGAAGGCAUUGUGCAAUAAUAAAACGUAUAACGCCAUGUUUCGUUACUCGAUUGUGUUUCUUUGUGCGAUAUUAGUGCUAACUAAUGUAGAGUUUAUACAAGCUGGAAGAUUCGGCAGCGGGGGCGGGAGCAGAUCGGGCGGAUUCUCAGGCGGCGGAAGACAUUCCUAUCCUAGUUCUGGUGGUCUCUCCGGUGGUGGUGGUGGGGGCCGCCAUAACUAUCCAUCUUCUGGUGGAUUAAGUGGAAACAGCGGUGGUAGUCACAGCUAUCCAAGCGGCGGAGGAAGCCACAGUUAUCCAAACAGCGGUGGAAGUCACUCUUAUCCCAGUGGCGGUGGACAUAAAUACCCACCAUCAACGGGUAACUCGGGAAGUCACGCUUAUCCUAACUCUGGUCCAGGCCUGUCUGGCUCAAAUAACCACGGGUACAACAACAGAGGUGGCUCGAGCGGUGGCACUACAAACAUUCAUCAUCACUACCAUUACAAUCCUCCUCAGCAAAUACACUACGCAUCGCCUCAUGGCGGUCCGCCGAUGAGCUACCCCGUGUAUCGCGGGACUCCCCCUACCUACGUGUACCAGUACAAAGAUUCCGGCAGCAAAUACAGUUCUUUGUUGGCUGGACUGGCAUUGUUCAACCUUGGAGCCCUCGCUGGCGGCGUUGCCGGCUACGGCAUAGGACAUCAUUCAUCCUCAAACAACAACAACAACUACCAAAGUUACAAAGCACAACCCGGCGAAGUAUGUUUAUUCGGCAUCAAGAAAGAUAACGGAGACUUCGAAGAAACCAGGAUAGACUGUCAGCUGAUAAGUAGCUUUAUUUACGCCGAACAGGCCAAACAACAACAGCCACAGAAUUCUCAGAACCAAACCACCGUGACGACUACCGUGACGAAUACGACCAUCGUUAAUGCGACCAACCCUCAAGAUACGCCUUCUUACGUAUUGUCGCCAAACGGUACUCUGGUGACGCCCGGAGCGGCGCCAGAUGCUGGCAACGUGACUAAUGGGGCUCCAGCCACCGGUGGAACUGUGACGUCAUCCGUGAUCACGACGACCACCAACACGACGGUCGUCAACGCUGUGGACGUGAAGGGAGCCCCGAUCCAAGUCACACCUGGAAUGCAGUGUUACGUUAUGAGGAAAACACCUAGUUCUAGAAUGAAGCAUGAAGUGCCAUGUGGCCUUCUACAGACUUACGCAGAUAAAUCAAUAAAACGUAAUUCAGCUGCUCGAAAUGUACCAGCAUUUACUAUUUUAGCUGUAAUGUGUGCUGUGUUUGUCGCAUAUUAAUUUUAAAGAUCUGAUUUGAAUUUGUUACUUCUCUAUUUGAUACAUUUUAUACAAGUGCGCAAUGCCAAACAAAAAAUAAUAAUUA